CGGUUGUCGCGAGCGGGUUUGAACGCGCCCCGGCGGGACCCGCGCUGCCCGUCCCCGUCCCCGUCCCUGCGCUCCCGGGGAGCGGCCACAGCGCUCGCCACAGGGGAGGCGGGAGGAGAGAGACAGAGACCGCGACCGCGGACAGGUGCGGCCCGAACCGAGCGGGAGAGGAGACCAAGGCCGCGUUCGCUCGCGACAGGAGCUCAGGCAGUGUACGCUCGCGAGUGGAGGUCGCGACGGGAGCCCAGACAGCGCUCACUCGUGACAGGAGCUUGGGCAAGGAUUCAUUCACAACAGGAGCGUGAACAGCGUUUCAUUGCGACAAGAACCGGGACAGCAUUCGGUUCCAACAGGAGCCUCAACAGCUUUGGGCCCUGUGCACGGUGUGGUUCUCAGAGGCGGGUGAAGGAGCCACAAGUGCCUCCACACAUCACUUCUAUCUCCUCUGUGAAGGAGCCCUUGGCCUAGUUUCCUUCGACAUCAGCGUUGUCUGCACCAGCCCAUCCUGCUGCUCUGUCCCAUUGCUGCCCAACAUGGUUUCCCUGUCAGUUGUGUUAUGAGCAAAGGACGACUGACUGGGUUGUCAGCGUCAGGCCAAUACGAUGGGACCACGCAAGCCAACAACAACUGAUGCUGCAUUUGCAUUUCCUACUCAGCUGCACGGGAACAGAGCCCAGGCUUUACAAACACAGCUCCAGUUUAAUCGAAACGUUCCUGCAGUUCCAGAGAACUUGGCUCUCAGAUUCUCUCACCCUCGUCCAAUUAUAAUAGAAAAGCUGAAGGCAUCCAAUGAUCGGAGAAACCUCACUGGAAGCGAGGACCUCAGCGUCAGAAGCUCUGGUAUGUUUUCAGUGGUAUCUGAAGAGAGACUAAAAUUGGCUGUUCAGCUAGCCAAGAAGGACAUAAAACGAAGGCAUCUUGAAGAGCAAGUGAAACAGCAAGUGGUUGGAGAUGCUGUCAAUAAACCGCUGUUGGCCCAGAAGUCACAACAACAGGAGACUGAAGUAUUUGAAAGUCCUGGAAAUAAAAACGCACGGAAGUCUCAAACUCGCUUGAAAGAUUUGCAGAAACUCAGUCAGCCUUCCAGACUGGAGACCACCAGCUCUGGUGCUAAGGUUUAUCUCUACACUCCGAAUCGGAAAAAGCUCAUACCGAAAAAGGUCAUGCCAGCUGUCUCAGAUUCUCCACCCACUCGUGACACCGGGCCGGACCCCAGGUCAAGCGUAAGUAAUAAAGAAGAUAAAAAUCUGCAGGAAGUCCGACGGCUGCAAAAGGAAUUGAGAAGCUGUGUCCAGAAAAUUGAGGACCUGACUAAAAAAGGGAAAGAGAGAGAAAUUCUAGAUCCCGAUACAGAGCAGCGAGUUCGCAUUAGGAGACAGGAGCAAGCUGCACGGUCAGCUCGGAUGCUGUAUGCGCUCCAGCAACAGGUAAAAGAAAUUCAGGAUGAUUUAGAGAAACUAAGUCCUCAUAAAGUCAAGCAUACUAAAAAGUCUCGAGCAGCAUCCAGAUUGGCAGCAGCACACAGAGGAGCUGUACGAGCCUUGCAGGCAUUUGCCAGUCAGUUUACAGAUCAAACAGAGCAGCAGAUUCCUACCCACUACAAGGAACUGGGCAGUCUCAUUCGACAACUUUCUCUCUGUUCAGCUAGACUAGAAGUGGAUUCUUCCAUUUCUGACAUUAUCAUAGAUAUUUUGAUGCAAGUUGAGGAUCUGGAUUCACUGCUAGAAAAGAAACAAACAUCAAAAAAAGUUAAGAAAUGUAUUUCAGCAUCUCAGGAGAAAUCUCCAAGGAACCUGGAGACAUUUCUAGCCAGAAAGCAGCUUAACUCUCCAGAAGGAGAAAACAAACAUCUCGUCUUAAAGGAACAAGGCCAAGAAUGUAGAAAAUCUCCAGCUGCCAGGAGUCUCUUGCCUGAUAAACAUCAACAUGUUGCAAAUAUUUCAGCAGUUCAGAAGGCAAACAGCUGUGCUUACGUGUUCCACAAUAAAUUCCGAGAAGAAAACGCCCUGCCUGCUCCAAAGAGAAAUGCUGCUCUCCAAGGAGGCCUGAAUGAACUGGUGAGACCUAGGGCUGUGAAAAACAUCCUGGAAAGUGGCCCUUUGAAGAAGAAAGGUGUGUUAUUGCCUGCAAAAUCACAGGGAAAGCUGAAAUCAAGACAAAUACGGCCUAGAGGAAAGCGUGCCCGAUUUCAAGAGACAACUAUAUCUUUCCAGCUGAAGGAGAACAAACGACUUGUUAAAGAGAGCAGAAUACCUUGUGUGCCUCUAGACCCUACAUCUCUACCCGCUUCACCUGAGCGACUAGCACAGCUUGAAGCAGGAACUUCAAGAGGAGUGAAGGUUCUAACUGACCUCAGCAAAGGAGAGAUGAAAAAUAUACAAAACUUAAGGUCACAAAGUGCUUCUCCAACCCGGUACCCAGACAAAGUUGAGAAGGCAGCGCGGGAGCACUUAGAACCUCCAGUAGAUAGGACACAGCAGGUUGCAGCAAAUGCAGAUAUUCUAACUGAAAAGCUAUUGGAUGAUCUUUUGGAAGAUACUGCUCAGGAACUGUGGAGUAUAGAGCAGCGUGAGAGCCUACAGAUGGAGGCUCUGCCCGUGGCUGACAUGCACAGUCUGGAGUCAAUGUUGCAAAGAAUGGAAGAAAUUGAAAGAUACCAGGAGGCCGUACGCAGGAGGUUCACCCAGAUCGUGUACAGUGACUUGGAGUUCUGGGACCAAGAACACAAAAAAGAACAACAAAUGGCAUCAAUAGCUGAAAGACCUACAUCUCCUCAUCCAAUUCAGAUGACUAAAUUAAUUGGACGCACAGAGCCAGAAGUGGACAUUUUAUUGGAAAAACCUCUUGAUGGCAAUGAUAUUGAUGAAAAUGAAGAAGCAGAGGAGAAAUUGCAGACUGGAAACGAUAUUCUGCAGCCUUUGACUCGGAAUUCUCUACAAAAAGGGUGCUGUGUGUCUCUCUCUGUGCCAAAACAUAUGCUCCAGAGUAUCUUGGAUUAUAACAGCAGAUACAAGCAUCACUUGAAGCUUAUUUCCCAUGAGGCAGUAGGCAGUUUCGAUCCAUGGCAGAUUGCUGAGAGUCUUGCAGAGCAACUGAUAGAAGAAGCCCUUUGUGAUGUGGCAGCAGAGCUGCAGGAUGUUUGUGAGGAUUAUGCAGAAGCUGUGUUCACAUCGGAGUUCUUGCAGCCAGCGCUGUAAAUGAUUCCAAAUCUGCCCCAUUAUCAAAUGCAACGUCAGCCUCAGUCUGGCAGUCUCGUCAGAUGAUCUCAUUGUUCAUGUUUUCUUAAACGUCUGUGAGAUUCACCAAAUGAUUUAAGCCCAUCAAGGAUUUAUCUCAGGUUUUUGUAAAGCCAUUAUUGUAUUUCCUUUUCAGACUCUAUCGUAUUGCACUUAUCAGGACUUUAUUUUCAGCCAGUGUUUCAAUAGAAUGAAGUAAACUUUUACAGGUAAGGGUUAUAUGUUUUGAUAGGAAUAACGAUCUGUUUGCAUACCUCUUACUUCAUUCAUUUUAUGCGUGAUCUGCUUUCUAGAAUAAAAUACUGGGAGGAGAAGUGGGUUCAAGCAGUGUCACAGAUUUAGCUGUACUGUGCCUCAGUCUUCUGCUUUAAAAGAGAGAAAACCUGGUUUACCUUCCUGUAAGGGAACUAUGGGGUUUGGUUUGUUCUUCUCACUAAAACGCUUUGAACAGACUUGAUAGUUGUGUCAGAAGAACAAAGCAUUAUUGGUGUUUCUGAAGCCAAGAUGGAACAGUCCAAAGUAAAAGCUGUUUGGUUUGCUGCUGAGGGCUCUCAAGUAAGAAAGGUGUUGUCUGACACCAUGCUGAGCCUGUGUUCUAGGAUUAGUUCUUUUGGGAUGUGGCUAUAUCCAAAGGAAGGGUUCUCAUGGCACAGCAUUCAGUAGAUUUAAGCACCGUCAGCUUAAAUUUAGGCCAGCAGCCUGCUUAGACUCUUGCUUGGACCUUCAGAGUGUAUGACCUCUUCUGCUGGUUUCAGAAUAUCACCGCUACAUUACACACAGACAAGUGAGACCUUUCAAUAGAAGCGCAUCAUGGAGAUUUUAUUCCUUUUUUUCUUAAAGCUAGUAUAGAACAUUAUCAUUUUAUCAGCGUUUAGUGAUCCAACCCCACGUUUCUUACUAGAAAGGCUCCUAUUGAAAUCAAGAACAACAAAAUUAAUGAGCAACUGGCAUUUCUGCAAUAUUGAAUUAACUUGUUUGUUUUAAGUAAUCAAUGGUUGGCUUAUGCCUGGAGCGAGCAAUGAGUAAUAUUUAUGGCAGUAUUCUAGGGAAAUGCAAAAUCAACGCUUGAGAUAACCCAAAAAACAAUAUGACUGUCUGUUCCCUUUGACAAAAUCCUCUAAUAGCGGUCAACCUAUAACAGAAUUAUUCCUAACCUUCAAAGAUCAUUUUAAUUUUCUCUAUUUAGGACAAACAUUUUGAAAAUAAUUGUAUUUUUAUUGCAGAUUGGUUUACUGUAUUUACACCAAAUGUAAUGAUGUAAAUGUUACUGCUGAUGUGUGACUUUCCUGAUGUGUGAUUUCUGUAAUUUAAAACACUAUCUUUUUUUAUUUCUAAGAUUACAGAUAUAAACCUGGCUUUUAGUCCCAAAGAUUAAAGCCAUAGAGUCUCUAUGUAUGUGUAUAUAUGCUUUGGAAAAUAUUUCAAGAUAUAUUUUAUU